AUGGCCUGCCAUGUGCCUAACAUGGCCGACCAGAGGCAGCGCUCUCUCUCCACCUCUGGGGAGUCGCUAUACCACGUACUGGGACUGGACAAGAAUGCAACCUCGGACGACAUUAAGAAGUCCUAUCGGAAACUUGCCUUGAAGUAUCACCCUGACAAGAACCCUGAUAACCCAGAGGCCGCAGAUAAAUUCAAGGAGAUCAACAACGCUCACGCAAUCCUCACGGAUGCCACCAAGAGGAACAUCUACGACAAGUACGGCUCCCUGGGCCUGUACGUGGCCGAGCAGUUUGGCGAGGAGAAUGUGAACACCUACUUUGUCCUCUCCAGCUGGUGGGCCAAGGCCCUCUUCGUCGUCUGUGGACUGCUCACCUGCUGCUACUGCUGCUGCUGCCUGUGCUGCUGUUUCAACUGCUGCUGCGGCAGGUGCAAGCCGCGGCCGCCCGAGGGCGACGGGGCCCAGGUGUACGUAUCGCCCGAGGACCUGGAGGCGCAGCUGCAGUCGGACGAGAGGGAGGCUGCAGACGCGCCAGUCGUGAUCCAGCCGGCGUCUGCCACGGAGACCACCCAGCUCACGGCCGACUCCCACCCCAGCUACCACACCGACGGGUUUAACUAG